GUAAAGCUAACCGCUUUGCUGGCUGAAAUACUCAAAGAUCCAAAGAUCCGAGCGACCGUGUAGACGAGAGUGGAGAGUGCACCAACCAUCCUCGAGUUGGAUGCCACCCUCUUUCUCAUCCAUGUAAAUUAAUGAAUGAAUGAAUGAACGCUAUGCAUCCUGAAGCCAGCUCUACUAGCAGACCAUGAUCCCGUACAACUUGUUGCUUCGCAAUUCCCUGACAGCAGCAGCUUGUGCUGCAGUCGCCGCCUUUGGCUUUAUGGAUGCCAAUCCAUCCUUGUAUUGCUACCACCAGUUUCUCCAAUGGAGAGGGACAGCGUCCCAAGGGGCCUAUCAUGACCAUUUUGCCAAUAAAACAGUCUGGAUCGUUGGGGCUUCCAGUGGAAUUGGCGAAGAAUUGGCCUAUCAGAUAUCUCCGUACUGUCAAAAGCUCAUCUUGUCCUCGCGAAAUGGGGAACAAUUGCGCAAAGUGGCUCAAGCAUGUCAGACAUGCCCAGUGGCAGUGAUUCCCUUGGAUGUCACCUCGACGCCACAGGAACUGGAACGACUGAUUCUGGAGCAGUUGAUUCCAGAACUAUGCAAUAAUCCAGAUGAUGAAAACAACGCCAACAGCCUGUGUGUCAUUUUCAAUGCAGGCCAAGGACACCUCUCCACCGUCCAAGAAACCGAUCCCGCUACCACACUGCGCAUGUUUCAAGUCAAUACCAUUCCACCCAUUGUGCUGACACAGUUGCUACUCCAGCACAAGAUACUAGCACCCGGCAAAACAAAUAAAGACAAGCCACAAAUUGUGCUGACAUCCUCCGUGGCGGGACGAAUGGGGGUUCCCUUGUCGGCUUCCUAUGCCGCCAGCAAGCACGCCUUGCACGGGUAUGCUUCUUCCUUGCAAGCCGAAUGCAGUUCCUGGUUACGAGUGGACAUACUAUGUCCAGGACCGAUUGAUACUCCUUUCUUCCAAAACCAACCAGACAAAAGGAAUCAACAACAAACACAACAACAACAACAAACAACUGAUGACACCACAACCAAAACGAAAAAGAGUCCUUUCAAAAUGUCUGUACAACGCAUGGCGUCCCUGGCCAUGAGUCACAUGGCACAGAAACGACAGCAAGGACAAGAAGCAUGGAUUGCCAAACAACCAACCUUGCUGGGCAUGUACCUGCAGCAAUACGUGCCUGGUCUAUGGCAAUGGGCAUUGAAUCAAAAAGUUGGACCCAAACGGGUGUCACUCUAUCAACGUGGAUUGGAUUUGUACGAUCCGUCCAGUUGGAAUAAUGAUGCAGGUGGUGACAGUGAUAAAAAGCAACAAUAGAAUAAAAGGCAUGCGGUGACUUUAGGAGAUAACUGCAGAGGACUGCUGACUUUGAAGGACCUUCUCGUAAACUGUCCGUUUUUCGUGCUGGCACGGCUUGCAAGGCCUUUGCAUACGAUACGGUUCAAUCGCUCUGGAAGGCAAAGAGUGAAUACUAUCUAGAGUGCGUGGGGACCUCUACGGUAUGACAUGAAAAGUCAAAGUUUGGGGCCUCCUGGUCAAACCGGAAGUACCGCAGGUAGUAGCAGCUUGAAGAGGGUACGAACCCUAUGUUCUCGUAUCACAGAGAUGGAGCCGACCGAGUUUGGACCGGUGACGGCAAAAAAGCGGUCAGCGGAGAAUAGAGAGUGCUGCUUUGGGGAAUGAGAUCUUUUUCAUUUGGUGAUUGCCACCUUUUAGUGAUGGUCUCCAGUUUGUGGGGCAAGGCAUGGAAUUGGAGAGACGAAACGAAACAAAUAAAUGCAGUCUGUUGGGACUGCUCCAUAGAAUUUCCGAAUUGCGUGCAGAUGAACGAAACUGAGCUUUGUGAUCUUUUGCAUUUGUUUGUAGAACAUUACAUCUUCG